UUAUUUCGAAGCAAAGCCCCAAGCCCCAAAAUUUUGUAGUAAUUUAAUUGUUCCUGUUUUGUGUGUGUGUGCGGCAUGUGGCUGAAAGCUGAAAGGCAAAACUGCAAUGGCAAUGGCGGUUUCCAAUCACCACAUUGCGCUCAGCCCUGAGGAAUAUGCUGCGGUCAUUCAUAUGCUGAGGACAAUCAAAACCACCGAUGACAUACACAAGACCUAUAGACCUGCACCAGUAUCUCCGAUACCACAAAAAAAACCAACAUCCAUUUUGAGAAACAGACAAGCCGAAGAUUUAAGCAAUCAAAACGGCAAUCAGGGUGGCGAAGCUGCAGCAGUGAGCCAGCACAGCAACUGCACACCUUCCAAAUGGCAGCCUGUUGAUUUUAGCACAGUUAUAGGACCAAGCACUAGCAUAUUAAAUUUAACAUUAAACCACCAUGAAGGUUCUACAACAACCAUCCAGGGCCUGGGGCAUGACAAUGCUGUGCAGGAGCUCUACAAGGGUACGAAAUCCGUGAGCAGCAGCUCCAGCCUCGACGAUAAUCAAGCAAAGGAUGUGCCCAAUGCCCAACAGCGCAUUGCUUCAGGGCGCAAUCCAUUUAGUAAAUAUUCGAAUACCCAAUGCAAAUCAUAUAAGUGUAAAGCUGGUUGCAGAAAAGACAAGUCAUGCUAUGCCACAGGUUCAGAAACCGAAAGCUUUGCGAGACCAGAACAGAACCGGGUAUAUGCAGAACCAAAAUUUUCAUGGCGCAAUCCAUUUAGUAAAUAUUCGAAUACCCAAUGCAAAUCAUAUAAAUGUAAAGCUGGUUGCAGAAAAGACAAGUCAUGCUAUGCCACAGGUUCAGAAACCGAAAGCUUUGCGAGACUAGAACAGAACCAGGUAUAUAUAGAACCAGAUGUCUAUCGCGGAACUCAAGAUGACCCUGUCUAUCGCGGAAAUCAAGAUGACGCUGUCUUUGGCGGACCUCAAGCUGACCCUGUCUAUCGCGAACCGCAAGAUGAACCUGUCUAUCGCGAAACCCAAGAUGACCCUGUCUAUCGCGAACCGCAAGAUGACCCUGUCUAUCGCGAACCGCAAGAUGACCCUGUCUAUCGCGAACCGCAAGAUGACCCUGUCUAUCGCGAAACCCAAGAUGAACCUGUCUAUCGCGAACCGCAAAAUGACCCUGUCUAUUGCGAACCGCAAGAUGACCCUGUCUGUCGCGAAACACAAGAUGACGCUGUCCAUCGCGGAUCUCAAGAUGACCCUGUCUAUCGCGGAUCUCGAGACAACCCUGUCUAUCCUUCAACUCGAGAUAACCAACACUUUGCCGAAGCGGAACCCUACCGCGGAGGCUCACCCAAAUCGCUGGAAAACGCCGACUAUCCCGAGUCGUCGCCACAGCAAAAGCCUGUCUACUAUGGCGGCUUGCCCAAAUUGCAACGAAACCCCAACUAUGCCGACUCGGAACAGGAUCCUGUCUACCAUGGCGGCCUGCUGCAGCGAAGUCCAGUCUAUCAGGAGCCAGACCCCAGCCAUGACUUUGCCGAAUCGCACAGAAAAACAGAUCAUUACAACGAGCACAACAAUUUGAAAAACUUCCUCAGCAUUGACACUAACUAUCACGACGAAUCAUUGGUGAAGACGCAUUCCUAUGAUCCGAAUGAUUACCAAUUCGAUCCAUACAAGACUUACAGUAGGGCAUCCAAUGCAAAUCCAGAAUCAUAUUCAAAUGCACUUGGGGUACCAAGCCGCCGUUCGUUAGUGCCAAAGCAAGAAGGGCAAAUAGACGCUGCUGGUCAGCCUUUGCAUUGUUCCUAUCCAAAAACCGAUCGCGGCUCGAUGAAUGCCAGCGCUCUUGCGUAUGACAAUCCCUCCACAAAGAGUGUCACCAAGGCAAAGACCAGAGGCAGGAAGAGGCCUUCAAGUGCUCAAAUGGGGUCCAGCACCACCGGCUUUAAGACAAGUCUGGCCUGUCCGGAUUCCUGUGGCACGAAUUACGCUCAAAAUCAAAACCCUGGCUCCAAUUGCCCGCGAAAUCCAAACGCUGGCACCAAUUGCGUGGAUGUGGAGAGCUUCCUUGCCAAUUGCAAGAACUUCCCGGCACAAUGUUGCGAUCCCUGUCAGGGCUGCUGUCCGAGAUUCCCACCUCCUUGCUUGGGCUGUUGUCCCACCAGCAGUUGCAGCCCCCCAAAGAGUGCCUGCAACAACACCAAUGAAUGCUUCUGCAUGGGCUAUGUAUGCGACAUUCUGCAGGAUAAAUCGGUGUAUGCCGUCGACUAUCGGCCGGCUAUGUGUCGCGGCAACAAUUUCCAACACUUUUCCAAUGGGAAUAGUUGCCGCUGCGCAGAUCUGCCGAUUGGCGGUGGUUGUGGACCCUGCUGCAAUGAUUGUUCCUUUGGUUGCGGCUUCACGACGGAACAGCCAACAUGCUGUGGUGCUCGCCAGACGCCAUGCGGUGGUGGUCAACCCCCCUGUCAGUCAGCCUGCUUGUAUCCACUGGCCCGCCUCAGUCCGGGCUACUGCAACUCCUAUCCUUGCGGGGGAUAUACGAGCUAUUGCAUGUAGCCAGGCAUCACUUCAGGCCCAGAUUGUUGCAGAGAAACCGCCAUAGCUAUGGAAAGAUAAAGCAUUAAUAGGAAUAUUAUCUCAGAUGGGGAAUAUAUCUCUCUAUUAUAUUUAUAUACUGAAAUAAGCAAAAAUAAAUAUACACUCAUCUGGG